AUGUUCGCUUUGACUUCGAGCGCACCAUUCGUCCAUCAACAUCAACAGCCUCAACACCACCAAAGUACCUACCAGCAGACGAAGCUCCCUGCAUUGACCAGCAGCGUAUCUUUUGGAGGAGCUAGCGGGGCUGAAGCACGCUCGCUACCGCCGCCCCCCUUGGCGCUGGGUACAGCCUCAUCAGGUGCUACUCAGUCCGGCGUCCUGCCUUCCCCGGCCGCUCACUUUUACAGUCAUCACUACGGUCCUAGCACCACGUCUAUGACCUCGCCUGCAGCCGGUCAAGACACUCAUUCCACAGGCAUCGAAGCUGAAUCGCUCGAACUCGCAAAGCGCGCCAACCCGGUCAAAUUAGAGACGGGCAACGCAACGGCUGACGGGAGCUGUCGUUCUGCGCCAGCAACAUCGUCAAACUUUCCUGGAAGCGCCCUUGCAAACGGCGCAGGCGAAGCGACUACGAUUGACAGCCUUUCGGAUGCUCAACGGCCCAUCGCAAGUGCCAUAACUGCGUCACCUUCCAUCUUGCCUCCUAUGUCUGAUAGACUCGAACGUUUCGGCAGCACCAACGACCAGAGCAGCAACGUAGAAACGGGCUCUAGUAGCGCUUCGGGAGACAACGCAGCUUGGACCCGUGGAACCGCAACGGGAGGUCUUCCAACAAACUCCAAUCCUGCCGGAAUGUCGUCAAGCUCCUACAACGGCAGUGCUGCUGGCAACAUUGCGCCCAGUGGUCUCACUGGUUCUCUUGGCGGACCACAUGCAAAUCAACCUGGCGCCACUCGCCUUUCGGGAGAUUCAGGACGAUUCGCAUUUUAUCCUAGCGAUUCCAGCAGCUCGGGGCAUCCGCGCGACACUCAUCAUUCAGGCUCGUCCUCCAGCGCCUGGGAUCACACGCAAUCCACCACUCCAAUCACUCCCUACGGCCCUCCUCCGCCGCACAGCGCUCACAGCGGUGUUGACACCAACACACCGUCGACUGCUACAACCAGUGGUCCGUACGCGCAGCAACGUGGCAGUGUCAGCUACUACCAACCUGCAGGCAGCAUCGCUCAGCAAGCGCACCAGAAUUUCGCCUCUGACAGGGCUACAAGUCCCUCUCACCCUCUGUGGGCAGCCAGCGAGCCAAACUCUCCAAAUGUGCCUCAAACUGCGUCUGCACCCUCUACGUCUCAUGGAUAUCCUCAAGGCCAACCUCGAGGUAUGCCUAUGAGCUACAGUGCGCGACCGUCAUACGGUCAAAGCGUUGCCCGAAUCUCCACGCCCACUUAUGCUUCGAUGGCUACUGGCGCAGGUAGUGGAGCCGGCGGCGGCGGCGGCGGUCCCUUCACCGCAGGCCCUGCUGGCCCAGUUCCCUCGUACAUGGGCGGCGCUGCCGGUCUGUAUCACAGUGCGGACGUUGGACACGGCCAGAUGAUGAAUGGUCCUCAGCGCACGUACAUGUCACAGCAAGGCGCACCUCAGUCUGGCCAUCAAGGAUACAAUUCGCAACACUUUGCCAACGCAUACGGUCACAGCGCCCCCUUCUUAUCUAGUGGCUAUCCUGGUCAGACGGGAAUGAUGGGCAUGCAGGGCGCGCAUGCGCCUCACAGCGCACCGCUGCCGUCGGAUCCCAUCAUUCAAGAUUCUUACGGUAACACUGUCGAGUUCAGAACGCACUACUUCAACCCUUUCGAGGUCAAGCACCGCCGUCGUACCACCAAGGCGCAGUUCAAGGUCCUUGAAGGGACAUUCAAAGAGACGCCCAAGCCGACGGCUGCAGUUCGCAAGCACAUUGCAGAAGAGCUCGGUAUGCCGACGAGAGCUGUGCAGAUCUGGUUCCAGAACCGACGAGCCAAAGCCAAAGCUUCGGCCAAGAAGGAUCAAGACAAGACCAAGAAAGAAGGUGCGGCAAGCUCGGACGUCAAGCCUGGGCAGGUUGGGGAUGGAAGUGGUGCUUCGACAAGCGAGGCAAGUGCGCCGCACAGACCGUCUGGUGGAAGUGUGUCGUUCGACAGCAGCUUUGGACACAGCUCCAGCGUUGAAAGCGCUGCCUCCCAACCCCACGAAUCUAGCGUCACCAGUGCCAAUGCUGCAUCUCACGGUCAGAGCACAGGGAUGUACGGUGAACGAGGCUCUUUUAGCGGUCCCAGCAGUGCUAGCUUCUACCCGGACAAUUCUGGUACCUCCAGCUCGCACCAAGGCGGUGGCUCGACAUCCAACACGCCUCGAUACGCUCCCCCUUAUCAUCCAUCGGACGGUUCUUGGCGAUCCUACCAGUGA